CCUAUCCGACCUUAUCUUUCUUUCUCGUCGUGGAAAUCAAAUUUUCACCGAUCACUUCUGCAAAAAUCAUUGUCCAACAAUGUUAAAUUCUUCCCUGUUAAUGGCAGCUACCGCCACCACAACCGCCGUAGCUUUCACCACCACUUCAUCAUUACCAUCUUCACUUCCUCUCUACACUAAUCUUCCAUUAGACCAGUUUUCGCUCACUACUCCCCUUCACUUCCCCUCCAAACCCAAGCCCUUUAAACACCCAAAACUCACUGCCCAUUUCUCCAAUUUCCAUGUCCUCACUCGCACUGCCACUUUCUGCGCUUCAGCUGACAGCAUUAUUGAGGCCAUCCAAGAAGAUACCCAAGUGGUAGAAGCUUCAGAACAGGAAGAGGAGGAAACUGAUGAAGUUGAAGAAGAAGAAGAAGAAGAAGAAGAUGGUGAUAAUGGAAGUGUUGAGUCUCCAUCAGCUGAAGCUGGGAGAUUAUUUGUUGGGAAUUUGCCUUUCUCUCUAACCUCUUCUCAGUUGUCUGAAAUCUUCUCUGAGGCUGGCCGUGUUAGUAAAGUGGAGGUUGUUUAUGAUAGAGUUACUGGUAGAAGUCGAGGAUUUGCAUUUAUUACAAUGGGAAGUGUUGAAGAAGCAAAUGAGGCUAUCCGGAUGUUUGAUGGAUCUCUAGUUGGGGGGAGAACAGCGAAGGUGAACUUCCCUGAGGUGCCAAGAGGAGGAGAAAGGGAAGUGAUAGCCUCACGGGCGAGGAGCAGUAAUCAAGAAAAUUUUAACAGUCCUCACAGAUUAUACUCAUCGAACCUCUCCUGGAACCUCACUUCUCAAGGCCUACGGGAGGCUUUUGCAGACCAGCCGGGAGUCUUGAAUGCAAAGAUCGUAUAUGACAAGGAGACUGGGAAGUCUCGAGGGUUCGGGUUUGUCUCUUUUGCUUCUGCUGGAGAGCUGGAAUCUGCCCUUAAUGCCAUGGAUGGAGUGGAGGUGGAAGGUCGGCCUUUGCGAUUGAAAAUUGCCAUUCAAAAAAUUCCUAAUUCUUCAUCCGCUGCUGUUGACACGAAUCCUGUAAAAGAACUGCAGACUAGUGAACUUGUUUCAAGCGCGAGCUCCCAGAAAGAGGAAGAAGUUGCAUAAUCGAAAUGAACAUUCCUAUAUUCUUCAGCCAUCCCUGUUUGCAGGCUUCUUGGAUCAAUCCCUUCACAUUUAUCUGCCAAUUUUCAUUAACUAAAAGUAAGUAAAUUAUAUCUUACUGAAGUACUUGUGAGUUUAACCAUAUGCAGUAGUAUAUAUCACUUAGUUUUUCCAAUUUAUAUGCUUUAUGCUCUUUUGUGAAUGAACUUUGUGAUAGCAAAAUCUUUUCAAGUCAUACCAUCUUAGUAUA